CACCUUUUUCAUUCCUGUCUUCAAUUCACGUUUCUUUAUCAUUCAACAUUUCAAGUCUACAGUAACUCAAAAGACUUUUCUUUCUUUCUUUCUUAUAAUUACUUUUACAAUUUAAAAACAGCCUUAAAAAAGCAAAUCAAACAAUAAUGGUACACCCACUUUCAGAGAUGGAUCUCAAAUACAAGCAACAACAAGAGCAAGAGCAACAGCAACAGUUGCUUCAGCCGCCACAGCCACAGCCACAGCCACAAGACUUUAACAGAGCAGGCUCAAUACAAACAUCCAUGCCAGGAUCCUUCCCUUCUCAUCCUGUCGUUUGCUCUAAUGAAGUUUCAACAACGUCUUCAGGCACGGUCCGGCGUCCGUGCCAUUCCCUUUCCUCUUCUUCAUCUUGGUCAUCUUGUUCAUCUGCAUCCUCUGCGUCCCGUGCUGCGUACAAGGCGCUGAAGAAGAGUAUCAAAGCUGAAGCCAGAGCUGUCAAGAAUGAAGCUCGCGCACUCAAGAAGGAAUCUAAAUAUCAAUCCAAGGAAGCUAAACGUGAAGCCAAAAUCCAGGCUAAGUUACUUGACAAGGAGACUCAUCAACAGACCAAAGAAGCUUUGAAACUUGCAAAGAAGGAGAUCCACCAGCAGACCAAAGACGCUUUGAAAGUUGCAAAGAAGUCAUGGAAAGCCUAUAAAAAAGAAUAUAUGGAGAGUUGUCACAAGAACAAUAGUGACAGCAAUAAUCGCAACAACAGUAAUAAUUACAACUCUAGCGACUAUGGAAGACGUCGGUGCAACUAUAAUUACAGUUAUAGCUAUGGUCACGGUCACGGUCAAGGUCGUCAGGAUUACUGCAGACGUCGACAGUACUCUACACCAACAACUCCCUUCAGCCUCGCUCGCAUUGGUUCACAGAUAGUUUCCAAAGCUGUAGAACGAAGCAUAAACAUUAUUGAAGGAGCGAACUCAAACCAUCAUCGCAACUCUCAGCAAUAUCCUCAUCGUCAUGAACUCUCUUCGCCACAGGUAGUGAUUGUCUCGCCGCCACCAUUGACUAGUGCGGCUCAGGUGCAAAUACAAGCUCCAGUGACCACUCCUGCAGCUAUUACAAAUAGUACACUAUCCUCAUUUUACAACAAGCCGAUCGCUCCUCAGGAUCCCCUCAUUUGUGCCAUGGCAAAUCUAUCUGUUCACCAUCCUACUCCUUCUGUGCCAUGUUACCCUCCUUCCUCAUCGCCAUCGUCUGCAUUACGAUCCUCAUCCACAACAACAGCAGCAAUGAUGACAAGUCCUAUGAGACUGCCUUCAUCAUCAUCACCUACUGCACCUAUCGUCCCUAUGGCGACCCCACGGCCUGACCUUGAAGCAUUCCAAAGCCAAGAUGACGAUUUAGAAGACAGAUCCAUUCCUCCACCUCCAUACGAAGCCUCUAUUGCAGCUGCAAGGCGUUGAAGGGGAUAUACAUAGUUGCUUUUAUCUGCCUAAUUCUCUACAUGUAUAUUUCUCAAAAACGUAUAAUAUUUAUGAUUUAACGUGUGUAUUUGAAAAUAAUAAAAAACAAGUUAUUA